CGUAGCUGCCUGAAUGUGGUGCGGGUGCUUUUGUCAGUGCAUGUAAAGAAAAGAUGUUGCUGAUCUUCGGCGGACGGCUCUCGUUUGUUCUUCUCGCAACUAGCCUGGCUCUGUGCGUGCUCACAGCUGAAGCUCGGUACCGAUAUCAUGCGAAUAGCACAGACGCUCCUGACGGAAACGAAAUCUGGCACGGUUUCGAGAUGCUGCUGCGGCCUGCCGCGGGGAACGUCUGUCGGCGGCCGCUCGUAAAGACGGUCGACGACGACCCCUUCAAAAUAUGCGGAGAUGCUCUGCCUUUCGCAGAGGAGGAGAACAACAACAGCAAUACGGAAGGAGCGCAUGAUGAUUAUAAUGAGGCGGGCAGGCCAGCGCCAGCAGCAGAAUCCGAAUCGUUCAGCUCACUGUCCGAUCAGGUCGGCGCGCAGAAGCGGCGAAAUGGUUGGUGCGUGGCGCUGUCCUUUGGGGUCGGUGAUCCGUGUGACUGGAAGGGCGGGCAGUGGUUUGAGCACAUGGCGCUGGAGCACUUCGGCUGCCACGUGUUUUCUUUCGACCCCGCUUUUUCUGCCACGACUUUCUAUGAAGCUGCAAAGAAGCGGUCACUGGUGAGCAGCCAUCCGCGCCACUGGUUUUUUCCCGUCGGGGUCAGCUCGGAGCGUGACGCCAACUUCGGCGACGAUUUGGACGAGUUGCUGGGGUCCGCUGAAUUCGUGGGCCCGUCCCCUUCUGAGGAUGGGGAGUCUCCUAGUACAACUUUAGAACAAAGGGAAGGAGUAGUACAUCAACUCGGAGAAGAGGCUACUAUAUGCGCUACCGCGAGUGAGGCCGCCGCGAGCCUGCAAUCGCAAAUCGCCGACAACACGAAAGAAAGCAUGCGACUCGUGUCCCUGGGGACCGUUGGAAAAAUGGUGCGCAAAGUGCUACACUGGUUUUCGCCCGGCCCGCUUCCGGUGGCGCUGCUCCGCAUGGACAUCGAGGCAAACGAAUGGCCGAUUUUGGAGGAAUUGUUCGCCACCGCGGGAACUACAGAUGAUGGAACCUCUGCCGCAGGAGGAACCUCAAGCCACCAGCACGGUGGGACCGCGGGCGAGGAGUUAUGGACCAAUUACGUGAACAUGAACGUGGAUCAAGUACUGUUUGAGAUCCACCUGGGUGCGACGCGGGAAAGGAAUCUCCGGGAAAAUCAGCUUCUAAUGGAGUUGCAACGGCGGUAUCGCGUGUUCUACGUGGACCGAAAUCCGGCGGUUUCCGGCUGGACGACGUAUGGUCGGCUCAUUCCUCAUAUCAAUCACGGCUACAAAAGGCCUUGGUUCGUCACAAAGUGUCACGAGCUUGGUUUAGUGAGGCGCAAGCCGGUCCGCGCCUCGGUGGUGGUGGGAACAGGGAACAAGAGCAUGGACAAGAAUACCGCUAUGCAUCUCCCGGAAGCGGAAAUGGAUCCCGGUGUAGACGAAGAUUUGGUCCUGCACACCUCCGGAAACCCAGGAGGUCUGGGUAAUCGUCUCGGAUGGCUCUUCACCGUCGCUGCGAUUGGUUAUUCGAUGCGGGCGAAGAAAGUGGUUACCUUCUGGGACGAAGAGGCCGAUGUUCAGCAUUAUUCCUGCUCGGCUGCAACUGGAACGUCAAGGUCCGCAGACACGACUCCGUGCGUGUCGGGAUACGACGCCCGCACACUGCUGCAGCUCGUGCAGCUUCCGGAGAUCUUACACGUCAUCGUGGGUAGGGAGCGCUACUUUGCUUAUCUCGAAAAGCUGAAAAGCGAAGGGGCUGCUCCGGUUGGUGGAAGAGUGACCUCGUCAAGCAAGGCUGGUGACCACGCGCAAACGGCCGUGAAACUCAUGCAGAUUCCAUUCCAUCCGCCCCCUUAUCCAAACGACUACACUGCGGAGCCGGCUUGGGACAUGUGGUUGCGCUGGGCGCAGCUCGGUAUCUUUCCGGACCCUAUGUUGUCGCGCGCGGAGUUUUUGCACAUUUAUCGGACGCGAGUGUACAACAGUCGGCCGUAUUUUGAGGCGCUUCAACCGAAUUCGCUUUCGCCGUCACUAGACCUGACACCUCGCAACUCAGAUCAGGUAUCCUCCGGAAACGCGCACCAAGAACAGCCUUUCCGCCCCGUUGACGGAGUGGCAAAGUGUUUUUUUGAGCGGUACUAUCACAGUUCUGCUCCAACAGAGGUCGGCUUGCGCGUCGUUUUGCAUGCCCGGGGCGGAGAUCGGCGGACCCUGAGCACGAGCGACGGCAUCACGUCGCUUGCGCUCUUUGCGGCGCGGCAACUGAUGAGCUCGCGGCGGCACGAAAAGGGAGCAAAUCCGACCUCGUUACAAUUUCGUGUCUUGUCUCCGGACGCGGACUUGCGUGAUAGCGUGCGUGCACGGGUUCGUGAGAUCGCCGAGGAUUACGGCAGUGUUUUCUUUGCUGAGGACGGGAAUCUCCACGAUCAGAGGGUAGAACAGUGCGUGAUGCGAGCAGUCGACGAAGGCUCAUCCAAACCUGACGCGGACUCGCAGAGCCGGAAGCGGAUAAUGAAUACUGUCCGCACGAUGGUUGACUUUUUCCACGUGUAUUUCUCGCAUGCUUUUGUGUUCGCGUCGAGCAAGAGCACGUGGUCCUCUUUCAGCAUCACAGCGGCACUUGCGGGUGGGCACAGUGCGGUGUUUCUCCCCGUAGAGAGCGUGCGUGACAGCUUCCCAGGGAACGUUCGCGAAAACGGAAAUUUUGGAAUUCCCAUGCGGAGCGUGUUUCUAGGAACGGCGGAGGUCGGCAAGUUUGUCGCAGCGAGCUGGAACAACCUGAUCGCAGCAAGUAGUACGUCAAAACUGGCGGACCUGAAAAAGCAAAACCAGGUGAGCGAGCCGCACGAGUUGAGCCCGCUUCCGAACAUUCUUUUUGCGGUGAGGAAUAUUUUGGCGGAACGUCCAAAAUCUGAAGAAGUACAUUGGUCCGCUCUACUGCGGGAGUCAGCUGUCGUGCUCUUGUCCAGAGUUCUGUCGCGCACAAAAAGUAUUUUUAGAACGCGUAACCUGAUCGAGCGACGGAGCGGCACGAAGAAAAAUAUUGACGCAGAUGCGCAUUCUCAUCCCAGCACGUGGAGUACCUGGAUGAACAAAACCAGUCGGGUGUUUCCAGCUUACAAACACUUUUCGCAAAAGAACAUAUUUUACGGUGCGGCUCGGCUGCUCAUGUCGCACCUGCCGCUCUUUCCCUCGGAAGUGCUAAGGGACGCCCUGCCGACAUCAACCCGCUUGCGAGAACGCACUCUUGGUGGGUCGCAAAACGUGGAGCAUUUUCGUAAUUUGACCCGACUCGGUGAGCGUGACGCUUCAAUAGCAUUACCGUCCUCGCACAACUUUGCUCUUCUUCACACCGCAGGCGUCCGGAUGAAGAAUCUGAACGAUCGGAUAGACACAAUCACUUGGUUAGCCGAGGUAAUAGAGAAGGUUUUCGAUCUCGCGGAUACUGUGCCGUACCAUGCGAAAACCGGGUAUCCAACGUUCGCAAUGCGCUCGUGGUGGCCAGGAUCUCCGGAUCUGCCUCUGCUGAAGCUGCAACUCUUGUUGAGAAAAGUCUGUAACAGUGAAGAUUCCGAAGUGCAGCUUUCAUGGCGUGUCCUGUGAGGCUUUGUCGCAAAGACAAAGCUUGAAGACCC